CCUCACCAGUCACCCUUAAAAAAUCUUCACUCUCUCUCUCUCACUAACCACACCUGAUCUCUUCACAGCAUCACCACCGUCAAAACCCAAUCCAACGGUUAUAAAUCUCAGAUGCGGGUCCCGCUUCACGUGAAUCAACUGUUACCUCCCUCUCCGAUGCGUGAGUCAGCGAGUGUUCUAUUAAAUAGGGUUUCAUUUCACUGUGAACAACCAAGAUCUUCAGAUCCAUGACAACAACGACAAUGCUUCUUCGUAGCUCAUCCACGCCGAUUCUCAAUUCUCGCAUCCCUCACUCGAAUCUCAACCCCAAGGAUUCGCCUCACGAACCUGAAAUCCUUCACCGGAGCCCGCGGACGCGCUCGCUCACGCUCUCCGCGUCGUUGAGUUCGCUGUCGCCUAGCAGAAUGACGCGAGCGUUGUCGGAGACUGAUCUUUCCGCGCGCUCCAAAACGGCGUCGUUCGGCUCCGCUUUGUUUUCCUUCUACGAGUCGGACGAUGGAGACGUUGCGGUUGUUGAAGGAGGCGGAGUUGGCGGCGGCGGCGGUGGAUGGGACAAUGGUGACGGCGGAGGUUCGGGGUUUUGGGAUUCGAAUAACGGGAACGAUAGCACAGACUUGUAUUACCGGACGAUGAUUGAAGCCAAUCCAGGGAACCCUCUGUUUCUUGGCAACUACGCGAGGUACUUGAAAGAGGUUCGAGGGGACUAUGUGAAAGCGGAGGAGUACUGUUCUAGAGCGAUAUUGGCGAAUCCGAAUGAUGGGAAGGUGCUAUCGAUGUAUGCAGAUUUGAUAUGGGAGAGCCAAAAGGAUGCUUCGCGUGCUGAGACUUAUUUUGAUCAAGCGGUUAAAGCAGCUCCUGAUGACUGUUAUGUUCUGGCAUCUUACGCUCAUUUUCUUUGGGACGCUGAGGAAGAGGAAGAUGAUGAAGUGCAAGAAGAUUACUCUGAAAUAUCUCCCAGUUUCUUACAUGGAGCUGCUCCACCACCACCUCCUCCUUUAGCUGCUGCUUCUUAAGCUGGUUCCACUGGUGUCUGGCUUCCAUAUAUAACUUUCUAACUUUUGUUUAUACUGCCUUAACCUUGUAAUAUUUUUGGCCGAUGAGAACAGUUGUAAUGGUUUUUGUCCAUUGCGUCAUCAAUUGUAGAUUCGUGUAGCGAUACAGGAGAAUAAAAGAUGGCGGGGACAUUCUCCUUAAUUUCGUUUUUGCAUUUUGUUUGAUUUGUCAAAUCUUUCUCUACUGGCAUGCUUGUAUUAUGUCCAAGAAAAACGCUUGAACAGUUUUUGGAGCUAUAUUAUUCACUCGUGCAAGAAGAUUGCAGAUUUGGAA